AUGGCGCGGCGAUCCGCCCCUCUCCUGCGCCGCCUCGUCUCCGCCUCUUCCCCGCCCGCGCCGCAGCCCCUCCCGGGCCUCGCGCGGCGCACGGUGACCUACAUGCCCCGGCCCGGGGACGGCGCCCCGCGCGCCGUCACGCUCAUCCCGGGCGACGGCAUCGGGCCCCUCGUCACGGGCGCCGUGCGCCAGGUCAUGGAGGCGAUGCACGCGCCCGUCUACUUCGAGGCCUACGACGUCCACGGCGACAUGCCCACGGUCCCGCCCGCCGUCAUCGACUCCAUCCGCCGCAACAAGGUCUGCAUCAAGGGCGGGCUCGCCACGCCCGUCGGCGGCGGGGUCUCCUCCCUCAACAUGCAGCUGCGCAAGGAGCUCGACCUCUACGCAUCGCUCGUCCACUGCUCCAACCUCCCAGGCCUGCCCACCAGGCACCAGGGUGUCGACAUCGUCGUCAUCAGGGAGAACACCGAGGGCGAGUACUCGGGGCUCGAGCACGAGGUCGUGCCCGGGGUCGUUGAGAGCCUCAAGGUGAUUACAAAGUUUUGCUCUGAGAGGAUUGCCAAAUAUGCGUUCGAGUAUGCUUACCUUAACAACCGAAAGAAAGUCACUGCAGUGCAUAAAGCAAACAUUAUGAAGCUUGCCGAUGGUUUGUUCUUGGAGUCUUGCCGCGAGGUUGCUUCAAAGUAUCCUGGUAUUCAGUACAAUGAAAUGAUUGUUGACAACUGCUCUAUGCAACUUGUUUCAAAGCCAGAACAAUUUGAUGUCAUGGUUACGCCUAAUCUUUAUGGCAAUUUGGUGGCUAACACGGCUGCAGGUAUUGUUGGAGGGACAGGCAUCAUGCCUGGAGGCAAUGUGGGUCAGGACUAUGCUGUCUUUGAGCAAGGUGCUUCUGCAGGAAAUGUUGGAAACGAGAACAUCGUGGAGCAGAAGAAAGCAAACCCUGUCGCGCUGCUUCUGUCAUCCGCUAUGAUGUUGAGGCAUUUGCAGUUCCCAUCAUUUGCUGACCGGCUGGAGACAGCGGUGAAGCGCGUCGUUGCAGAAGGCACCUACAGAACAAAGGAUUUGGGCGGUAGCAGCACCACCCAGGAAGUUACCGAUGCUGUGAUUGCCAGUCUGGAUUAG